AUGUGGGUGAUAAUUUUAUAUUGGGUACACCAAGUCAAUUGCCAAGACGAUACUAAGGCACUGUAUAUGCCCGAAUGGACGGAUUUGGACACGCGUCCCCUUCCCCAAUGGUACGAUGUGGGAAAAAUUGGCAUUUUCCUCCAUUGGGGAGUGUACUCUGUACCAGCCUUUAGAAGUGAAUGGUUCUGGUAUUUCUGGCGAUUUGGUGAACCUGAUGUAUUAGAAUAUUUACAAAACAUAAGCUAUACUGGUACUUACGAGGACUUCGCAUCAAAUUUUAAAGCUGAAUCGUUUGAACCUGACAAAUGGGCAGAACUUUUUGCGAAAUCUGGAGCACAGUAUGUUGUUCUGACUGCUAAGCAUCACGACGGCUUUGCGUUAUUUCCCUCUAGAGUACCCAAUUGGAAUUCGGUGGAUGUAGGCCCAAAGAAAGACAUUGUGCGUUUGCUUUCAGAUUCCGUCAGAAAAUAUAAUAUGAAAUUUGGAAUUUAUUACUCACUGAUAGAAUGGUUUAACGACAUGUACGAGGCAGAUAAAAAAAGGGAAUAUUCCACUUCUCUUUACACUGACAACAUAGUUUGGCCAGAUAUAAAACAACUAGUCAAUGACUACCGGCCAUCUGUGCUAUGGGCCGAUGGAGAAUGGGAAGCAACUGAUACUUACUGGAAAUCAACAAAUCUGUUAGCCUGGCUCUACAAUGAGAGCCCUGUUAAGAACGAAAUAGUGGUCAACGAUAGAUGGGGCCCAGCUACGGGUUGUACCCAUGGAGACUUUUUUAACUGUAAAGACAGAUUUAAUCCUAAGAUAUUGUUAAAUCAUAAAUGGGAAAACGCUUUCACCAUCGACAUGCGAUCCUGGAGUUUUAGGGAAAAUAUGCUACCAUCAGAAGUUAUGCGAAUCGAUCAGAUAUUGGAAAAGGUUAUCUCUACUGUGAGCUGCGGUGGAAAUGCGCUUAUCAACGUGGGUCCAACGAAAGAUGGAAUUAUAGUGCCUAAAUUUAAACAGCUGCUUUUAGAGUUGGGUGCAUGGUUAGAUAUUCACGGUGAAGCAAUUUAUGACACUUCGCCCUGGUUCCAUCAGGCGGACAGUAUGAAUAAUAAUAACGUUUGGUACACUUGCAAGAAGGAAAUUUACGACCCUUUGAGUCCCUCCAGUCAACCGAACCGGAAUGACGUGAUUUUAGCCGUGUAUGCCAUUUUUUUAUUUUGGCCCAAUAGCGACUUGUUAUUACUCAAGGACCUGGCGAAUUAUGUGAAGGAAGAUGGAAAGUCUCAUAUUGUUUUGUUGAGUAUUGAACAAUUUAUCCCUGUAAAUUACACAUUUUUUGAACAUGGUCUUCAAAUUCAUCUACCAAAAACCCACUCGAUGUCUCAAGAUGCGUGGGUGCUGAAGAUUACAGACUUCAAAGGGCCUUGA